AUGCAGGGAUACGAGGUUGGUACCAGGCUGCGCUACAGGCUGACUCUGGCCUCCGGGGUGCUGGAGUGUCUGUGCUUUGCCGGUGUGGUGUUCGGUUACGCGUCCCUGGUGUUUGUGCUGAAGGACGAUGGAUACUUUAGUCAGCUAUGUGUCAGCAUCCCACACAUCAACAUCACCCAUGCUGAAGACUGCAGCAGUCAGGAUGAGCAAUUCUCUCUGGUCUUCACCAUUGCAUCAUUCCUCAACAACUUCCUGAACAUAGUAAAUGGCUACCUGUUUGAUCGCUGUGGCACCAUGGUGACCAGGCUUGUGGGAAUAUUUCUGUACACCACUGGAACCCUUCUUGUGGCCCUCUCUAGUCCAACAUUUUCAGAGCUGCUUUUCCCUGCCUUGUCCUGCAUUGCUGUGGGAGGAAUUCUGCUCCUUCUAACUAACAUGCAGGUGAGCAACCUGUUUGCUGCUCAUCGCUCCACCAUCAUCACCCUCUACAACGGUGCCUUUGACUCCUCCUCAGCUGUGUUUCUCAUCAUCAAGGUUCUAUAUGAACAGGGUGUCUCUCUACGCUCGUCCUUCUUGGUUUUGUCCUUCUGCAGUAUUAUACACCUUCUGCGGACCUUCCUGCUGAUGCCCAGAGCCCACAUCCCCUACCCUGUCCCACAAUACUACACCUAUGGACUGAACUGUGGAAAGGCCAACACUUACAAUGUGGAGCAGUCGGAGAGUAUGAGGGAUGGUAGGAUGACUGUUACACAGGACGUAAAUGGGAGGGACAACACACCACCAGAGCCUGAGGAUGGAACUGAGGCGCAAGACUCGGAAAAAGUGGUGAGUUUCCGGAGCUGCGUGCUGUCCUGGUUCUUUCUGUGGCACAUGCUGUGGUUGUCCAUCAUGCAGCUGAGACACUACCUCUUCAUCGGCACACUCAACUCCAGGCUCAGCCGACUGGCCGACAAUGACCCCGACCUGGUAAGUCAGUACACCAAUGCUUUUGCCAUGACCCAGCUGUGUGGGGUGCUGUGUGCUCCAUGGAACGGACUCAUCAUGGACAGACACAAGGGAAAGCCUCUGACCUCUGGAGAAACCGAGCAGGAGGCAGACCUGCGUUCCUCCUAUCUCUCCCUGUUCCUGACCGCUCUGCAGUGCCUGCUCUUCUCUGUGUGCGCCUCCAUUCCCAUCCUCUCGCUGCAGUACCUCACCUUUGCUCUACAAGUCCUCAAUCGCUCCUUCCUCUAUGGGGGAAAUGCAGCCUUCAUUAACAUUGCUUUUCCAGCCAGUCACUUUGGGAAGCUGUAUGGUCUGGUGAUGUCCAUGUCUGGCAUCAUCUCUCUGCUGCAGUAUCCCUGCUUCGCCCUGGUCAAAGGACCUCUGGGGGGGGACCCCUUUUUUGUGGACAUUGCUCUAACUGUCUUCACUCUGCUGGUGUUUAUCCAUCCAAUCUACGUCUUCAUGCACUGUAGAAAAACAGCCCAUAACCGGUAG